UUUACGUUUCGUAAUUUAUCCAAUAGAAUAGAAUAUCCUUUAACAAAUUCGAUAGCAAAUCUUAGAAAUCUUUGAAACUAGCCUCUUAGCCUAUUUACUUCUAACCUGAUUUGGUAGCCAAUUGGAGUUUUCUGCUGAAUAAUAGCGCUCGACAAACGAAACUCACUUCAGAACUUUCCUUAUCAUGAUACGAACACAAGUUAUUUUCACUAUUUUCUGUUUGAGUGUCAGCUUUUAUGCAUCAGCGGAUAACUGCGACAAAGAUAUUCUAACAACAUGUGCCAAUGUAAUCGAAUUUAUGUCCAAAAGACAAUCGGUUAUUGCAGGAAAAGAAAUGAUAGAUGACCUAUGCAGAUUUUCGAAAAAUGCGACUAUUUGUGCUGAUAAUUUAGCAAAAGAUUGCCCUCAGAUUAAAGAAAAACAACAAUAUAAAACUUUAAUCCGAGUUAACCAAAAAGUCGAAACUGAUGUUUGUGAAGAAAAUUCGGAAAUCAGAAAAAUUUAUGCUAAACAUGAAGAUUGUCUUCAUAAGAUAACUGACGAUAAAGCUUUACAAUGCGCUCAAGAUUUUAUAGUCAUUUUAAGACUUUUAGAUGAAUCGUCUGAUAAAGAAGUUUGCUGCUCUUAUACGGAAACCAAAGAGUGUAUUCACAAACUGGUUUCUUCAAAUUGCGGAAAUGAUGCAGCAAAUGCCACCGUACAGGUAGCCGACUUAUUAACUACGCCCUUAACAGAACCAAGAUGUUCUACCUUCAAUGUCACCAAAUGCUCCAAAGAUUCUGCUUCUUCGAGAUCAAAUCCUAGUAUUUAUAUCCUGGUUUUCGUCUUUUUAUUUAGUUUAUUCUUCUAAUUUACUAUCUCGAAAGAGAAAAAAAAAUUACAAUAAGAUCAUUUGGCAAAUGAUUUAGAAGACGAAUUAGUCUACAAAGAAUUUUGUCAUUCUACAAUCUUAACAAUAUCUAAACAACGAUUCGACUUUUUAAAAUUGAAUAAGAAUUAUUUAAAUUUUAUGUGAAAAUUUCUACACCGAUUUAAAUCUGUUGUUGAAAAAGUAGCAUUGUGAAAUGAAGUAAGCCUGUUGUUUGAUAUAAUUUUGUCUUAUACUGUGGAAUAUUAUUAUUUGUAGUUAUUUUAUAACUUUAUCAUUAUGUACAAUAUAUCGUAGUUAUAUUAUAUCCUAUAACAUCAAUAGAUAUUAAUUGUUAAUUAUCUUUUAUAUUCACAUUUCUUUUAUUUAUUGUAAAUAUUUCAAAUAUUGUAUAAAUAAUUUACCUUUUUGAAAGGAAUUGUUUUAUCUUAUUCAAGAUAAUUGUUACUUAAUUUUAAUACAGUAUUUAAUCCAGCUGUAAUUAAUACUGUAUAAUUAAUAUUGCAGCUGACGAAAGUAUUAAUUACCACACAAAUAGUAUUUUAUUAUGAAGAAAGACCAAUAUAUUCAUUAAAAUUUUUAAUUUUUAAGCAAAUAUUUUUAAAA